AAGUAUGUCAGUGAUAAAGGGAAGUCCACAGAACAUUUCACUGACCCAGAGUUGAACUGUUUUCGCACUGAGGAACCCAAAACCUAGAGUUGAUCUAAUUUCACAGAUUUUCUACAGAGUUGACAUUAAAUCCAGUUUUCAGAUCAAGUAGAAAAGAGGAUUAAGAAAAUAACUAACAUCACACACAGUGGACAAACAGUGGGCAGGUUUGGAACCAGAAGAACCUGCAAAAAAGGAGAAGGAGGAGAGAGGACAGGGAGGAGAAAGCACAAGGCAGAAAAGACAAUACGUGGAGUCUUUAAAGCUGAAGUUAAAGCUGAACCAUGGCAGACAAACAGCUUCAAAAGGUGAGGACUAAGUUUGUGGACAAAGUGUCCCAAACAGUUAUUAGUCAACUCCUGGAUGGCCUUUUGGAAGAUUUUGUCUUAAACGAUGGAGAGAGAGAGGCAAUAGUUGAGGAGAACUCCAUCCGGGCUGAUCAGGCUCGUAGCCUCAUCGACACAGUGAAAAACAAAGGAGACUGCGCCAGCAGGAGGAUGAUCACACACCUUAAGAGCAGAGACCCACAUUUUUUUGUCACUCUGGGUUUGACGCUUCAGGAUCCUGCUGAGCCCAAGGAGCAGAGCUGGUCAGACACUCUCCAAACAACCACUCAUACAUUUUGGAUAGAGAAGCAGAAUGAUCCAGAUAAUUACCCUGUGACAAAAGAAUCCAUUGGGAACCGCAUAGCUCUGCUAAUAACCAAUAUAGACUUUAAGGAUCAGAAACUCAAUAGAAAAGGAGCAAAGAAAGAUGAGGAAAACAUGGAACGCCUACUCUCAAGUCUGGGAUAUGAGGUGGUGAAACACACAAACCUCACUGGAAAGGAGAUCGAUAGUGCUCUGAUGUCGUUUAGUCAACACUCUAAACUUGCCCACACAGACAGUGUGUUCAUUGUCAUCAUGUCACAUGGGAAACUGGGAGCUGUUCUUGGUGUUGACUACACUGAGGAAAAACCGGAUGAAUUCCUCAUCAACAACAUUUAUCAACACUUGGGCACCCAGAACUGCCCAUCACUUGUGAACAAACCUAAAGUCAUCAUCAUCCAAGCCUGCAGAGGAGGGGAAACAGGAUCCGUGUAUGUGUGUGAUGAUGGAAAGGCAGGUGUAACCAGUGAUGGUGUUCCACAGUCGAGUCAGCAACUGUCUGCUGACGGAGGCAGCAUAGAGGAUGAUGGUUGGCAAAUCAAACACAAUGAAAGAGACUUCACUUCCCUUCUCUCAUGCACCCCAGGUACCGUGUCAUACAGACACUCAGUCAAAGGUUCUAUAAUGAUCCAGUCCACUGUUAAGGUGUUCAACACUUUCGCAUACAAGAAACACAUCGAGGAACUUUUCACGUUGAUUAUACGUGAAGUUGCAAAAUUUUCUUGCGGAAUCAAAAUGCAAAUACCAACAAAAGAUAGACAUACCCUGUUGAAGAAUUUCUACCUUUAUCCAGGCAUCUGAAACUUGACUCAGUGGUGCUUUUACACACAAUGUAUUACCCA